GAUCACUCUAAGCAACAGCAUUUUCAUUUUCAUCGUUUCCUGCAACACAUCAAAUCCAUCAUGGCUCCCACUCUGUUUACUCCUCUUAAGCUUGGUCGACAUACCUUGCAGCACCGCGUCGUCCUUGCGCCCUUGACACGUUUCCGAUCCGACGAGAAGGCGGUGGUCCGUCCUUUUGUCACCGAAUAUUACGCUCAACGAGCCACCCCUGGCGGUCUUUUGGUGACCGAGGCAACAUUCAUCUCUCCCACAGCAGGCAGUUACCCGAAUGCUCCCGGCAUCUACACUCAAGAACAGAUUGCCAAGUGGAAAGAGGUUACCCAGGCCGUUCAUGAUAAAGGUGGUGUCAUUUACUUGCAACUAUGGCACAUUGGCCGUGCAUCCCACUCCAAGUUUUCUCCCAACGGUGAACAGCCCGUCUCCGCGUCAGCGAUCGCCAUUCAGGGAAAGAAUUUGUGGGGUGAUCAGCAACAAGUGCCUCGUGCCUUGGAGAUUUUGGACAUCAAGGCUCUUGUUCAAGACUACCGACAAGCCGCUCUGAAUGCCGUGGAAGCCGGUUUUGACGGUGUAGAAAUCCACGCAGCCAACGGUUACCUGUUGGAUCAGUUUAUCAACACCUCCAGCAACAAACGUAGCGAUAUUUAUGGCGGAUCGAUCGAAAACCGAGCACGUUUCGCACUGGAAGUCGUCGAUGCCAUUGCCGAUGCUAUUGGUCCUGAUCGUACCGCGAUCCGCUUGUCUCCAUGGUCCGGUUUCCAGGAUAUGCAAGAUGACACCCCCUAUGAAACCUGGGGUUACAUCGUUUCUCAACUUCAAGCCCACCAACCUGAACUGGCCUAUGUGCAUUUCGUGGAACCCCGCAUUGAUUUCCGUUCUGAGGCCUUGCCUGAUACCACCGACUCUCUGGAUCCUUUCCGACAGAUCUGGAAGGGUCCUUUCAUUUCCGCUGGUGGCUAUACCAUUGAUCCCAAGUUGGCUUUUGAACGUUCCGACAAGUCUGGUGAUCUUAUCGCUUUUGGCCGUGCCUUCAUUGCCAAUCCCGACAUCGUCGAACGCCUGCGCAACGGAUGGCCUCUCAAUCGCUACAACCGAAAGACAUUCUACACACCUGGUGCUGAAGGCUAUACCGACUACCCCGUCUAUCAACCCGAAGCUCAACCAGAAGUCCCCAAACCAUCUCUUUAAAUAUAAGACUCUCUGCAUGUAGAUAAUUAGAUUAUUAAUUUGACAUUUUUAUAUUGCAUUCAAAUAAAACGCGUUUACUUGGCA